CUCGCGAGAAGCAGCUUAGGAGCCGGCCUGUAACCUGCUGGGGCGGCUCUUCUAGUCGCAGCUGCCGCAGCGUCCGCCGCCUCAGACACCUCCGGACGGAUUCAGUUGUGGGGGAAGCGGAGGUGUCGCUGGCCCCGGCCUGUGCCUGGACACUCAAGGGGGACUACAGAUUCAAGUCUCCUAACACCCUUUAUCCUCGGGAAUGGGGUGCAGGGAGUGCUCCCUCACGUGUUGCUAAAGGAGUUGUUGAGCACACCAAAAUGAGUCUACAUGGUGCUAGUGGGGGACAUGAGAGAUCAAGAGAUAGACGAAGGUCAAGUGACCGAUCUCGAGAUUCAUCUCACGAAAGAACAGAAUCUCAGCUCACUCCUUGUAUUAGAAAUGUUACUUCUCCAACACGACAGCACCAUGUUGAACGUGAGAAAGAUCACAGCUCCUCUCGUCCAAGCAGUCCUCGUCCUCAAAAAGCAUCUCCAAGUGGUUCCAGUAGCAGUGCUGGGAACAGCAGCAGAAACAGUAGUCAGUCAAGUUCAGAUGGUAGCUGUAAGACAUCUGGGGAAAUGGUGUUUGUGUAUGAAAAUGCAAAAGAAGGAGCUCGGAAUGUAAGAACGUCAGAACGAGUGACACUAAUAGUGGAUAACACUAGAUUUGUUGUAGACCCAUCCAUUUUUACUGCACAGCCAAAUACAAUGUUGGGCAGGAUGUUUGGAUCUGGCAGAGAACAUAACUUUACACGUCCCAAUGAGAAGGGAGAGUAUGAGGUGGCAGAGGGGAUUGGCUCUACUGUGUUUCGAGCUAUUCUGGAUUACUAUAAAACAGGAAUAAUCCGUUGUCCUGAUGGCAUAUCUAUUCCUGAACUGAGAGAAGCUUGUGACUAUCUUUGUAUCUCUUUUGAAUAUAGUACUAUUAAAUGUAGAGAUCUCAGUGCCCUAAUGCAUGAGUUAUCAAAUGAUGGUGCUCGUAGACAGUUCGAAUUUUACCUGGAAGAAAUGAUUCUGCCUCUCAUGGUAGCUAGUGCCCAGAGUGGGGAACGUGAAUGCCACAUAGUGGUGCUUACAGACGAUGAUGUGGUUGAUUGGGAUGAAGAGUAUCCACCACAGAUGGGAGAAGAAUAUUCACAAAUUCACCUUUUAAGGGAGAUAACUCCACCUGAAAGAGAGAAGGCGAGGAAGGUCCAUCAGUCUAACUCCCUGAAGUGCCCAGCACAUUUGGAAGACUCAACAUGUUUUAUUUAUAGCACAAAAUUAUAUAGAUUUUUCAAGUACAUUGAAAACAGAGAUGUGGCCAAAUCAGUUUUGAAGGAGAGGGGUCUUAAGAAGAUUAGAUUGGGAAUAGAAGGUUAUCCAACCUACAAAGAAAAAGUAAAGAAAAGGCCUGGGGGCCGCCCAGAAGUGAUUUACAACUAUGUCCAAAGGCCCUUUAUUCGAAUGUCUUGGGAGAAGGAAGAAGGAAAGAGUCGGCAUGUAGACUUUCAGUGCGUAAAGAGUAAAUCUAUCACCAACCUUGCAGCAGCUGCCGCAGACAUUCCCCAGGACCAGCUGGUGGUCAUGCACCCAACUCCUCAAGUGGAUGAGCUGGAUAUUCUCCCUAUCCAUCCCCCUUCUAGCAACAAUGACCUCGAUCCUGACGCACAGAAUCCGAUGCUGUGAUGGUGAUGUUGCUUGAAACCAUAGCAUGCUACUCUUCGCAGUGACGCUGCACUCUCCUCAUCCUGCACUGCAAGGCCACUCUCUGCACUGUGAGAUGCACAGAUGUUUAGGAUAUUGCAGUGUAGACUUUUUUAAAGACCAAAGGUAGCUGAAUGGUUUUUUAAGUGAGUACAACUCUAGCAUCUUGAGGUUCCAGUUAUAUAAAUGUAUUUGUUUACCGGUAGGUUUGUGGAAUUGGUUCUUUGUAUGGGGGACAGUCCUUUUUCACACAUCUAGAUCUUUUCAGAAGUGGUGGAAAUUGGCAGCUGGGGUACUUUCAGUCUAGGUUGAUAUUCAUCACACCCCAGAUAAAAUGUAGAAUAUUAUAUAGUUGCACUUUAUAUAUGGUGGUUAAGUGGAACUGUUCAAGCCAUUUUUAUAGUUGUGAUGCACAAUAUAAUUUAAAUAAGUGCUUCUAUCAGAGUAUUCUUUCAGUGAAAUGUGUGUAGUUUGCUGCCCAUGAUGAGCAAAAAAUGAGUAUCAUUGGGCUUAUUUGAAUGAUUAGGAUGAGAUUCAGUGCCCAUAUCAGUUAUCUCCAGUGCCGUUUUCAUCCUUUUCAAGUGAGUCACAUGCAGGGAGUGUGAACAUCAGGUGGUUUAUUAUCCAGUCUGCCUUACCCUUAAUCUGUUCACAGAUAUUUAUUUACUAAUGAUUUUUUUUGAGUUAUGGGAUAGGAAGAUGAAGUGUUUGCUCUUCAUUUACUAAAUGAUUGUAAACUCGUUUUUCAUCAAAAUAAAAUUCCAUUGUUUUAA